GUUGGACCCAGGGACCUGGAGCUAUCACAGGAGUACAUUCUCACACCUGGGGGCGAAAGACUCGGGAAACCACACCUGAAGACAAAAGGACACAGAUCAGCCAAGAUUUUGCAGGAAGGAGUUUGACUAUUGACACUCUGACAGACAAUGAAACCCAGAUUGUGGAAGACAAUCACAGCUACUAUUUAUCCCGAAUUUAUGGUCCCGAAGAGAUGCGAGCCAAGGAACUUUGGGUUGAGGUGGCUGAAGCUAACAGGAGCCAAGUCAAAAUCCAUGGAAUCCUGUCCAAUACACACAGACAGGCUUCGAGAGUCAUCCUGUCCUUUGAUUUCCCUUUCUAUGGGCAUUACCUGCGGCAGGUCACCAUAGCAACAGGAGGUUUCAUCUUCAUGGGUGAUGUCAUUCAUCGGAUGCUGACAGCUACGCAGUAUAUUGCCCCACUGAUGGCAAACUUCAACCCUGGCUAUUCACGCAACUCCACUGUCAAAUACUUUGACAAUGGAACUGUGUUUGUUGUCCAGUGGGAUCAAGUGUAUCUGGAAGGGAAAGAACACAAAGGCUGUUUCAUCUUCCAGGCAGCUUUGUACAACAGUGGCAGAAUUGUUUUUAGCUACAAGGAGAUUCCCAUGUCAGUGCUUGAAAUUAGUUCUACACAACAUCCUGUCAAAGCUGGUCUCUCAGAUGCUUUUAUGAUCCUUAACUCCUCCCCUGGUGUGCCUGAAUCUCACCAUCGGACCAUAUAUGAAUAUCAUCGAGUGGAAUUGGACAUCAGCAAGAUCACUAGUGCAUCAGCUGUGGAAUUUUUGCCCCUACCCACUUGUCUCCAGCUUCACAACUGUGAGGUCUGUACGGCAUCUGGCCUAAACUUCAAUUGCAGCUGGUGCCAUGUUCUGCAGAGGUGCUCCAGUGGGUUUGACCGAUAUCGUGAAGAGUGGCUGGAAUACGGCUGUGGCCAAGAGUCAGAAGAGGAGACUUGUGCAGACUUUGGAGAGGAUGAACACUACAUGUCCUCUACUCCCAACCAUAGCCCCUUCACACUACUUCCAGAAGACCCUGUCACAUCAUCCUCCCACUUUGUAGACAGCUUAACCACAGAAGAUGACACAAAGUUGAACCAGAACCCAGGAGAAGAAGGUUUGAGAGAUGGCCUCCCUACAAAAAAAGGGGGAUCCCAAAUCCAUACAGGAACAAUUGUUGGAAUCUUCCUGGCAGUUCUUCUGAUUGCUGCUAUUAUUCUUGCUGGCAUCUACAUCACCAGUAAUCCUACUUCCAGUGCUGCCUUGUUCUUCAUCAAGCGAAGACCACAUCAGUGGCCUACCAUGAAGUUCAGAAACCGCUCAACUUACACUGAAGUAGAACCAUCUGGCCAGGAAAAGGACAGUUUUGUUGAAGCAGAUCAGUGCUAAAGAGUAUACCUCUUUUAUUGCUCCUAUCCCUUUAAAACAUCAAGUGUCUCCCAUCUACUCUUUUGUUUUGUGAUGGACACAGUUGAAUGGGGCAGGGGGGAAACAAAGCAAAAUUAAAAAGAAGCCCCAAGGGAGGAUUGUAAUGGAUAAAUUAGGGCCUGAAAGUAUGGAAGAAGCAGGCAGAUUUGGCAUAGGCCUCGGGGUGGAUCAUGAAGAAAAGUCAUGACUUCAUUGUAGAAGUGAUAGCACCUAACUAUCUUGCAUAGGUUUUAUCAGGUGUAGCCAUCCAUAGAUGUUAUGGACUACAGGAAACAUCCUCUGCCCAACUCACUUUUUGUAGGCACUCUAACCAUAAAUUUACAGUGCCAAAAUAAUAUGUGAAACUGUUUUCCUCCUCCUUCAAAUGCAAGGUUAGGAAAGAGAAAAAUACAGCCUUCUAGCUAACAUUGACGUUUUCCUGCUAAACUUUCCUUGAAAAAUAUGAAAGUUUUUUAAUUCAUGGAACAGCAUCAUGGAACAGCUGGUCUGACUUGAACUCUUCGAACACCUCAGCCUUGUCACCAUAGUUAUUGAAAGAAGCACCUAUGUUUGGGCUGGGCCUGAAAUGCAGCCUUCAUAUUUAUAUGUCAUGGUGGCAGACAUUCAAGCUAAAAAAGGGGAAAAAAAUUAGAGGUAUUGCCACUGACAGUAAUCUUCUCUACUUGACACUGAACCAGUCAGAAGAUAAAAUAUGUAUCAACUCUGCACCAAGCAGACUCAUAUGAUUUCUGCUAUGAAUUGUUCAACCCACCUCACAAUCGGUUCUGUAAUUUAGCUCUCUUUUUGUGUCCUUCCUAAAGGCUUAAAAGCCAAAUCUGGUCACUGAUUUCUGUAGCAGAAGAAAGUGGGAGAUUUUCUCAACAGGAAGCAACAUGUUUAUUUUCAUGAAAGGAAUAUUACUUUCUGUUCAUAAAUUUGCAAAAUUUAUGACUAGAAAUUCAUUAUUUUAUGUCCCCAUUUCUUAUUCAUUUCUCUCCUAACUGAAUUUCUGAUCCAAUUAAUAAUGACACUGAAGGUAGGAAUCGGGACUGGAAAUAUGAUCAUUUCCAGGCUCAUUUUAAAUCGUGGAUAUUUAAUUUUUUUAAACGUUUUGGAAAUGUUGUGAUUCUCUAGAUUUUGCUGUUUCUCAGUUUCCCUAUCUUCCCUUACAUAAGGCAGUAACUGUAUCUCUAAAAGGAUAGACUAGAUCUUUGGAAUACUACAAACUAUUUCUCACUUGAACAAUUUGCGAUUCCAUGAGUGAUCUUAUGCAUUCUGAAACACCCUGCGGCCGGAUGGGGGUCCAACUCAGAACAUGGAUCAGAUUGACUGUAUUGCAAAAUAAGGCGCUGGUGCUGGUGGGUUACCAUUGGACAAAGUCCUGGCUUCUUUGUUACCGUCCCAAGAUAUUUGCCCAGGAGGGAAUUCCCAUUUGCAAGUAGUGAACGUUACUGCACAAACAACACUAUUUUGUCUCACACUGGCAUUCUAUACACGUACAGCCAUUGGCAGGGCAACCUGCUUUGUCCCAUCUCCCACCCAAUAAGAUGGAUGAAUGUCAGGAUUGGGGUAAAAGGACCACCACCAUAUAGCAGAAUAAGCAGCCCAGUGGCUUGUCAACACCAUAAACACAUGACAUUCCUGUAUGUCAUUCUUUUGUACGGAUGCAAAAGGUCUUGCUUUGUUUUUGAUGCAAAACCAAGCAGGUCAGCAGAGGCAUUCCUUGCUGGAUGGCAGAGGAGCCCUGAUUGGCUGAGGCAUUUUUAACUCUCAUCUUUCAGCCCAGAAAGGUUCUGAUUUUUCCCCCUGCCAUGGCAGCAGAUUUGCAAACAAGUAUUCUAUACCAUUUUGGUAUCUUUCAGUAGUCCGAUCAGUCCUACCACAUCCUGCUUUGUUUUACUUCUAAAAUAAGAUUUAGGGGAUCGAACAUAACAUUAGUUACCAAUCCUAGACUCUUUGUCCCCCCAUGCCAUCCCAUGUCAGCUUCUGCCACUCCCAUCAACAUAUUAAUGCAGAUUGCAACCAAAGUUAUGGAGCAUAAAUAUGAAACAUUAUCUAUUUACAUUACUGUAAUACAAGCUAGCAGACAACUCACAUCUCCUCCCUUUAUUUUGGUAAAUAUUUCAUGGGGAUGUGACCUUCAUCACAGUUUGAAUUUCCCAUUCGUGCUUUGAAUAUUGGCUGCUGCGUGCAGGGGAAAGAGAGGAGGCAGGAACAGCAUGUGGCUAAUCCAUUAUAGGUUUAAUUAAAGACUACCAGAAACUCAGCCAGAGUUAUUUGUCGGCGAGUGCCAUACAUUAAAGAUAAUGUACUUCAGCCUAGAAAUACUAAAUACUUUAUACCAUCCCAAGUUGCACGGAGAGGUUGCACAUCUUGAAAACAAAUGUGUACCACAGUCAUGCUUCCUUAGUUGAAGAUGGGGCACUGAGCUUCUCUGUCCAAAGGGUUUCCUCAAGAGAAAGCUUUCUGAUUGUAAAUGAAUGCACAGCCAUGCAAAGUUACACAAAGUGCUACAAUGGAAUUGGAGCUAUUACCUGCGUUUUAUCUAUCUUUGCUGAACAGUUUUUAAAAUAAAAAGGUUAGAGUAAAGCAGCAACAACCACAAAACAAGUAUGAUUUAACCUAUCCCAACUUCCCAUCUUGGUAAAUUUUUAUAAAGAGAGUGUAUGUUGUUAUUUAAUCACAACUGUUAUGGUGCUGCUGUGAAGAAGAGAUCCAUUAGGAAGAGCGAACACAGGCCUGAAUAAUUGUACACCAACCAUUUUAGGAACAAAUGUCUCACAAUCAAAAGAAUGUGAUUAAAAACAAAAAGAACUUAAAGCACUGUUCUUUAACCCCACUACAUACUGCUUUACGUGGAAAUUUUAUAAACCUGUUUGGGGGGCAAUUUCUGUUACUAAGUUCAAAAUGUAAAAUCAAGUACUGUGUGUCCUUUGCUAAAACAUCACAGUAAUCCAUAAUUUGUUUAACCAUUAAAUCAUACAAUGCUAAGCCAUAAACUAUGAUUUACAAAUUACGAAGUGUCUGGAUUCACAGUGUGCUAAGCCACAAAUGUGUAUUUUGGUUUAGUACAACAUGUGAAUGUAGGAAUCAUAAUAUUGGCCAAAGUCUUCACUUACUCUGGGACUGGUUUCACACAUCAUGUAAACCACAAGUCAUUGUUUGCUUAGCAUGUUGUGUGAACCCAGCUAUAGUGACCUACAAAUCAUAAUUUGUAGCUUAGUAUGUUAUACAAACCCAGCCAGUUGUGGCUUAGUUAGUACACUGUAUUACAUCAUGGGUUAGCAAGGCCAGGCCAUGUAUCUCUUGGAAGUAUAUAGGUAGCUAGUAGUCAUGUACAUGGAAAUUGCCAAAUUUAGAUGUGUUGAGCAUAUCUGAUCUAUAGAGAGUCCUUGCAGCAACUUCCUAUGUAUAUAAAAAAUCCUUUCAGUUAAUAUUAUUUCAUAGCUACACAAGGCCUAAUCUCUUUCUACAUACUUGAAUUUAUAGCAUAUUUCAGUUCUGGGAAAGUUGGGGUAGGAAAGCUUCAGGCAAAGCAUUUAGUAUGGAUUGUUUGCAUGGAAUGCAAUGUUGAUACUAAUAUAUAAUAUGAAGUACUAAAAUACUUUUCAGAUUGCUUCAAGUUUCAGAAUAAAAAAAACAAAAUU